UAGAUGUCCGCAAGAAGAACAGGAACAGAGCUCGCUAGUUCCCCCGCCCACACCUUCCGUGCACUUUCUCUCAAAUCAACUUUCUCUCGCUCUCCAAAAAAUGGUGAGACUGAGCGAAGAGCUGCACCAUCCCGGACCUCUCCCGGUGUGGGGUGUGAUGACGUAGUGCCAGUAUGAGAUAUGAUGGAGAAGCUUUGGACCAGCCUGUCGGAGGUGUCUUGGAGCUCCGUGUCCGUUCCGUUAGAUGCUGUGGUCAGUAAGGUCCGCUUGCCCUGUCUGGUCCGCCUGGCGCCUGGGGAGUGUGUAGAUGGUCUGUGUGAGGAUGAUAUGGUGGUGCUCCACUCGUGUCGUCAGUGGACCACCGUCACUGCUCUCUCUCUGGAAGAAGGACACUACGUCAUCGGACCCAAGAUAGACAUUCCUCUACAGUACCAGGGUAGGUUCCGUCUGAUAGAUGAAGACAGAGACGUUAGGGACCCCAUCCAGUAUUUCUCCUCGGUGGAGGAAGUGGCCGGAAUGUUCCCUGACCGCGUCUUCGCCAUGGAAACUAUCAGCUUCACUGUCAAGGUCAGGGGUUCUGUCAGGGAGUUCAGUGAGGACAGUGAGUCGUACAGUGUGGUGCUGCAGCCUGGUGAUGAGCUGUCACUCACGGGAAAGGCAGAGUUUCUCACAGCCACGCCCACCACGGAGAAGACUGGACUGAGCGCGCUCCUGAGACGCCUGGGGAAGACCCCCCGCAGUAAAACUCCAUGUUUGGUGUGCAUGAACCAUCGGACCAAUCAGAGCAUCUCUCUGCCCUUCGCCUGCCGAGGACGGUUCUGCACGCGCUCCCCUCUGGAGCAGGGCAUGCUGGGAGCUGACCACACGGUGCGCAGCAUCAUCGAAAGGGUCCGACUUCCUGUUAAUGUUACCGUGCCGACCAGACCACCACGGAACCCCUACGACCGCCACGUGGUGAGAGAGGGGCAUCGCUACAAGCUGUUGAACAUUGUCAGUAAGACAGUGGUGUUGUGUCUUGUCCUUCGGCCAAUACAACUGGUUCCCUCCCACUUCCUGUUGCUACGCUGCAUGCCGCGCUUCUCUGUGGCUACGCCCUCGGCAACCACAGACAGCCUGUUGCUACGGCAGCAUGCCAACUUCGACCCUGAUGGGUACAGCCGAGCCGUCCGUGAGACGCGUCCAGAACUCAGCGAGGAGAGAGUGUGUGUGAGCGAGGACGGUGUGUGUGUGAGCCCGCGGAGGGGAGGUGUGUGUGUGUCAGCGCAGGACUCUCAGCUGCUGUCCGUGUGUGUGUUCGCUGGGGGCGGAGUUACAGACAACAUCAGCCAAUCGCAACGCUGUAGAGACUCUCUAGGGGAGGGGACAGAGUAUCUCUCUCCCAAUUGGACAGAGGCUGAGCUGCAGACCAGUGAAGAGAUCCCCUACGAGGAACUGUGGACCAAUCAGACUGCAGAGGGCCUGGGGAAGGCAGAGCCAAACCGCAUCUCCGUCCAUUCCUCUUCCUCUUUGGAUGGAUUGCUGGGGACUGCCCGCCUCGCCAUGGUGACAAGAGUAUCAACCCCACCCCCUGUACCUCCAAAAUCAGACGCAGUGAGAGAAGAGUGCAGGUUCCUGAUCGCUCCUCCAGUUCCUCCUCGAUGCUGUAAAGGAGACUCCUCCCCUUCCUGUCCAAGCCCCACCCCCAGUCCACCGGUCCCGCCCCGCUUCCCUCAGACACAUCUCUCCUAUUACUCUUCUGGACCACCCAACAGUUGUUCUGUCUCUCCUCCAGACUCGUCUAUCUACUGUUAUCCAUGUUCCUGGACUGACCCCCCCCACAUCAGCCCUGAGCCAAUCCCUACUCUCCCUGCUGACAGCUUGGCCAAUCCCCAGCCAGCGCAGGCCACCUGGGUGGAGCCGUGGAGCUAUAAUUCCUCCUCCUUCUCCCGGCUGAGGCUUCCGCCCCCUCAGAGUCGAUUCGCUCCCUUCGGAGCACUUAACCCCUUUAACCGCCCUAGUCCCUCCCCCUGCCCUUCCCCAGAGCCUAUACCAGCCAAUCAGACAGCAGAGCUCUCCAGAGGCGCUGAGGGAGGCGGGACAUGCGAGGGGUCGACUCCGCCUAGUGACCCUGCCUGGCGCCCGCCCACUGACCUGUCUGCCCUCUCAUUGGAGGAGGUGUCUGCCAGUCUGAGGUUCAUUGGCCUAUCAGAGGCAGCGGUGGGCGUGUUCCAGAGAGAGCGCGUUGACGGGAGCCUCCUGGUUCAGCUCGACGAGGAGACCCUGUCACAUGACUUCCAUCUCAGCCGAUUGCACGUCACCAAGAUCACACAGUUCAUACAGGGCUGGAGGCCCAAGAUUUAACACCUAUUGUGACACU